AUGGCAGGUUCUUUGCUAAACAUUUAUGCUGUGGACUACACCCGCUCUUCCCACAUGGACAUCAUAUCAACUGCACAAUGGAAUCUGGUGGGCAUGGCAUUUCACAAUGUGAACCAUUUGUCCAUUCUCUAUGUUCCAUCCAUUAUCAAUGAUGGAACUGUGAUGAAGAUAGUGAGGCAGGUGGAGCAGACAGUGUCAUGGGUUAUGAGGAAGUAUGUGAGGUUCCUGGUGGUGGGAGCGCUCACCACCUGCACCAUCCUCAACCUGGCUCUCCACGCAGGUGCUGGACUACAAUACUACUGUCGUCAAGAGUGCCUCGUCAACUUGUUGAAGUCACCACUGGCUUCACUGGACCGGGACGCUAUACUCCACAUCAGGAACUACUGGGUGGACGAGCCUGCCCCCCGGGGGUCAUACAAGCCGGACUUUCCCAUAGAGAAGCCACCGUGGGCGUCUAUCGCCAACUGGAGGGAGACAUACCAGUUCAUCAAUGAUUACUUCAAACAGUAUCCGCAUCCAGGGACCUUCAUGGAGAUCGGUGCUAGUGACGGUGAGUUCGAGUCUCUGAGUCUGUACGUGGAGCAGGUGCUGGGGUUCCGCGGGGUGCUGGUGGAACCCAACCCGGAGGCUUACACCACGCUGCGCGCCCGACGCAGGUCUGCGUACUCUAUCAACGCCUGCGCUAAUCCAUCAUAUGGACACACAAUGAAUCAAUUAUGGAUCAGAGACACUCCCAAAAAUCUCCCAGAGCUCCUGUACAGACUCCAGGGGGGCAAUAAUAAACUCCUUCAGUAUGUCUCCAUGGAGGACCGUGAGCUGGGCCGGACGACCCCGGUGCAAUGCUUCAAUGCCGGGGCGAUGGCUCUGGCUGCCCUGAAGACCAAUGUCAUCGACAUGAUGAUCAUCUCCACACACGGUGGAGAGAUUGACAUCCUUCACACCAUCUCUAAGUCUGUCAGGUUCAAGAUGCUGGUGAUAAUAGCUGCCAUACCACGGAAGAAGAGAUGCAGGACCUGGUGAGUGUAACUGAGGACAGAGGCCUCGUGCCUGUCUUCAUCAAGGAGAACGUCAACAUCUUCGCUCCAAAGUUCCUCGUGGUCAAGGCAGCGAAAGCAAACAAACCUUCUUAAUUAAGAUUACAUUGCUUUUAAAAUGUAAUUAAAGGUCAUUAAAAAAUAAAACAAAUUUUUUACUCCUCCAUAAUGUUGCUUUUCUACGCACGUGGAUCAUACAGCUACUUCUCUGUAUUUAUCUUCCCGCUGUUAGGUAAAAAAUAUAAGAAACCAGGAGUACUGCAAGAGGUCUACUCACCUACACUCUGCAGGUCCUACUCACACCCACUAAUUUUUACUUAUCUGUUUGUCUAGACAUAUAGCGAGACAACACACUUUAUGAUUAUGCAAUUGUUUAUUUUUUUACGUUAGGUUAGAUUGGUAUUUCUGGUUUAUUUAUUUAUUUAUUAUUAUU